AUGCGACCUAAUGCUGAUUGGGAGGAAGCAGCUCAGCAAAGAGCCGUAGAUAAAAAUACGCAUGUGAGUUUUCCGCAGUUAAAAUAUCCUUCGUUACGAGAUGAAGGAUUAAGAGACCCGGUACAAUGGCUUGCUGGGAAAGCUAUGGAUGACGGUGCUGAGGGAUUGUGGCGUAUUCACGACAAACUGUAUGACCUAACGAGGUUUAUAAAACGUCACCCGGGAGGUGAAGAGUGGCUAGAACUCACCCAAGGAACUGACAUCACUGAAGCUUUUGAAUCUCAUCACUUGAACCCAUCCACUGAGAAAAUUCUUACACAAUAUUAUAUAAGAGAUGCAAAGACUCCACGUAAUUCGCCAUUCACGUUCAAAGAAGAUGGCUUUUACAAAACGCUAAAGAGAGUGGCUUUUGAGAAGUUAAAAAAUAUCCCUAAAGAUGCAUCUAGAACUGCAAAUAACAUAACAGACUGUCUGUUUGUAUCGUUGCUUAUUAGUACAAGUUUAGCCUGCUGGGUCACAAAUAAUAUUGCUGUAAAAUUUUGGUAUACCUACGCGUCAUUCAAUUUGGCAGUUUUGACUGUAGCCUGUCACAAUUACAUACACAGGAAAACGAAUUGGCGUAUGUAUUUGUUUAAUAUGAGCAUGUGGUCUUAUAGGGACUUUCGAGUAUCCCACGUGUUGUCUCAUCACCUUUACACAAACACGUUGAUGGAUUUGGAACUAAGUUCUUUAGAACCAAUACUAUUUUACACUCCUAGGAAAGACAAACCACUACAUGCGAAACUGGGUUGCAUUACUGAGAUAUUCUUUUUUCCUUUCGUUUUCUUCUUAAGUUUUACAAAAAGGUUCCUCUCGAUAUUCCUUCAACAAGGGUUUUUCAAGAGUCAUUAUCGUUGGCACGAUGCCAUUGGGUUACUGCUUCCGUUGUGGAUGGCGAUCACCAGUGGUGCCCCCUUCCUUGACGUGAUUUCCAUGUGGUUAUGGAUAAAUUGUACUGGCAGCCUAAUUUUUUUCUCUAUUGCUGUAAAUGCUGCUCAUCAUCACCCCGAUGCAAUUAAGGAUGGGGAUCAACCAGCAAGUGAAACCCCAGAUUGGGGAAUGCACCAAGUAGAAGCACUUUUCGACCGCAAGGAUGUAAAUGGCAACGUUUUUGCUGUGAUGACCCUAUUCGGAGACCACUGCCUACAUCACAUGUUCCCAACCCUAGACCACAGUGUGUUGAAGUAUAUGCAUCCAUUGUUCAUUGACUUGUGUGAGAAGUACCAAGCCAACUAUAGAGUUUCAACUCAAUUUAAAUUGGUUCUUGGACAAAUCAAGGAAACAAUGCGAACUGAGUUUAAAAUGAAGAAUGAUUAA